UUGGCGGCAAACCGCAUGCAGCGCUGGGCUCUGCUAUUGUCAGCGCAUCAGUAUGACAUCAAAUACAGGAGAUCUGAACAUCACUGUAAUGCAGAUGGACUGUCCAGGUUGCCUCUGCCAGACACGCCACCUGAGGGCAGUCAAGCUGACAUCUUCUACUUCAAGGAAGUGCAAAGUGCUCCAGUCACGGCGGCUCAGGUUAAACGAUUCACUAGAACUGACCCAGUUUUGUCAGAAGUUUUGACCUGGAUCUCUCAUGGUAAAAGAGGAGAGAUGACAGAAAACUGCAAACCCUUUCUGAGUCGGCAUGAUGAGCUCACAGUACAGUCUGGCUGUAUACUGUGGGGUUUUCGUGUCAUUAUACCCCCACCUCUAAGGAAACUCCUGCUGAAAGAACUUCAUGCAGGCCACGCAGGAGUAGUCAGGAUGAAAGAGAUAGCCCGUAGCUACUUUUGGUGGCCUGGCAUAGAUGCAGAGAUAGAGGAGGAAGCAAGGGGCUGUACAGAUUGCCAAAAUGUUAGAAACAUGCCACAAUUAGCUCCCCUGCAUCCAUGGGAAUUCCCAGAGGACCCAUGGCAAAGAAUACAUAUCGACUUUGCAGGACCAAUAAAGAACCACAUGUUUUUGGUGAUGGUUGAUGCUCACAGCAAAUGGCCAGAGGUAGCCAUUAUGAAUGGCACAUCUUCCGAGAAAACCAUCGAAGAGCUCAGAUCGGUAUUCAAUCGUUUUGGCAUACCACAGCAGCUUGUAAGUGACAAUGGCCCCCAAUUCGUGUCAGAAGAGUUCCAGUCCUUCCUACAAAUGAAUGGUAUACGACACAUCAAAUCUGCACCAUACCAUCCAUCUACAAAUGGUCUGGCUGAACGUUUCGUACAGACUCUAAAAAAGGCUCUGAAAGCAUCGCAGGAUAAGGGUUCCUUAAAUCAAAGAUUGCAUACUUUCUUCUUGGCUUAUAGGAAUACACCACACGCAGUCACAAAAGUCUCUCCUGCUACAGCAUUGUUGAAACGUCAACUACGAACCAGACUGGACCUGCUGAGACCAUCUGAAACCAAGCAGAUUGUCUCCUCACAACAGCAAAGGCAGGUGGAGCGGCGGUGUAAAGUAAAACACAGAAGUUUCAACAGGGGUGAUUGGGUUCUUGCUCGUAAUUAUGGGAAAGGAUCAAGGUGGGUACAUGCAAAAAUUCUUGCACAAACUGGUCCUGUCUCAUACAUUGUUGAAACUAGAGACAAGCAGACAUGGAGGAGACAUGUAGAUCAGAUAUUGUCUUCAGCAAUGCCUAGCGAUGACUCUGGUGAGUUGGAGAACCAACAGAAAUUCUGCCCUCACAUUGACCCAGUGAAGGAUGUGGUACAUGAAAAUUUUCCCACACCGCUUGCUAGGGAGUCACAGGUAAUUGCACCCUCUGAGGAUACACCUCUUUCACCUGCUACAUCAGCAGCUAUUACAGACACUUUAGUAAACCUGCCAUCUGGUUCUUUUCAUCGUUACCCAACUAGAGUGCGGAAACCACCACAGAGAUUGGAUCUCUAGUUAGAGGCUAACCCACGUCGAUGGGGCAGAAUAAUCCCCAGGGUUUAGCCAGGGAAAUGAGGCAGUCUACCCUCUUUCCCUUCUGUUGGGACUUAUUGUGUUAUAUUGUUAUGUUCCCUACAUCUAUUAAAAAUAUAUAUAAUAAUCAACCGAACAUAUAUAGUGUUAACGUACCCCUGAGUGUUAAAGUAAAGGGGGAGGAAUGUGUUGUGUACUGUGGCUUCAGGUGUAACGCAUUUUGAGCCUUAUGAUGUUCCAUAUGGGACGCUCAGCGAGAUCCUGCGUCUGCGCAGUAUGACAUUGUAGCAUGUCUCCUGUAUAUCCGCAAUAUUCAGUAAAGAGUUCUGUUGCAUAAGUUUUGUGUCUGUGUCAUCGCUUAAGUGCAGCGCACUUACAUCCAUGAGAGAUGUAACAGAGCGGAUCAAUUAUUUUUCCGGCUCUAAACACAUAUGAU